AUGAGCGUAAACGACGGAGAAGUAAUUGAAUACGAGCCGUCGAUCAAGAACGUAAUCGAACAACGGUCCCUGCGAUGGAUAUUCGUCGGUGGCAAAGGCGGAGUUGGCAAAACGACGUGCAGUUGCUCGUUGGCCGUACAAUUAUCAAAAGUCAGAGAGAAUGUGCUCAUCAUAUCUACCGACCCGGCGCACAAUAUUUCCGACGCGUUCGACCAAAAGUUCAGCAAAAUUCCAACAAAGGUAAAGGGUUUUGAAAAUCUCUUCGCCAUGGAAAUAGAUCCGAAUGUGGGCAUCACUGAGUUACCAGAGGAAUACUUUGAAAGUGAAGCAGAUUGGUCAAAGGAAUGAAUUUCUCUGUUGUUGUUUUUGAUACUGCACCCACCGGUCAUACUUUAAGAUUAUUGUCAUUCCCACAUGUAGUAGAGAAAGGUUUGGGGAAAUUAAUGCGUCUGAAGAUGAAGAUCAGCCCUUUCAUUACACAGAUUAGUUCGUUAUUGGGAAUGACAGAUUUCAAUGUAGAUACAUUCUGUAACAAAAUAGAAGAGAUGCUUGUUGUCAUUCGACAAGUGAAUGAACAGUUUAAAAAUCCCGACCAAACUACAUUUGUUUGUGUGUGUAUAGCGGAAUUUUUGUCACUAUAUGAAACAGAAAGACUUGUACAAGAGUUAACAAAAUGUGGUAUAGAUACUCAUAAUAUCAUAGUGAAUCAGUUGUUAUUCUUGAAAGAAGGUGAUAUAAUGGAUCUUUAUGAAGAUUUCCAUAUCACCCGACUUCCUUUAUUAGAAAAAGAAGUUCGAGGAGUCUUACAAGUCAAAGAAUUUUCGGAAAAUCUUGUUAAACCAUAUAAAUCUUAA